AUGGCUUUCACCAAUCAACCAAACAAUGCGGCGUCCUAUCCGUCGCGCUUGGUAGAUUACGGCCAGUCCGCCUCCUCUGGAAUUCCAAGCACAGCUCCCAACAACGAAACAACUCCUACAGACACAGAUCGACGUGCCAGUAUCCACAGUGCUCAAGCUGCUGAGAAAGAAACGCUAAAGCGAAAGCGAACGGAUAUAAACAACAAGGCCAGGGAACGUGCUCAGCAGCAGCUGAUGGAAGCUAUCAAUCUCGAAGCACAAAAGGUACAUAAGUCGGAUGCACAUGUAUUUCCAACACACUCCCUGCAGCUCAACAGCGCAGAAGAACUUCCUCCUACGAAGCGUGGUCGCGGUCGCCCUCGAGUCAUCCAACAGCCUCCCAAGGUUCCCACCUCUACGCCGAGUGCAGACUCUCAAGCUCUUUAUGCCGCAACCAUACCUAGCGGAAAUCAACGACAACAACUCGCUGUUACGGUAGAUUCGGUUUCCUCUCCUCGGUUUCCAUAUCAACAGGCUCAGCAGUAUUAUAAUCUACCGGUCCCUCAAUCCUACCAGCCCUUCAUCAAUUCCUCCUCACCUACCACUGGACAAGAUCAACAAGAUAAGCAGAGCCAACCGAUAGUAUCCGAGACUUCUUCCACUCAUUUGACAUACCCACAAGCACAACAGACAUCUUUUCUUCCUGCGCCUGCUGUAAGUGGAGAGUCUCAACGCUGUACUCUUCUUCCUACUUCAGGUUCCCCUACGGCUGAUUUCCCGCAACAACCAACAUUCAGUGGCUCCUCUACUCUCCGCGAAACUUCUGAUCUCCCACAGAAGGAUCAACGGGGACAAACCGCCACUGCCACUAAGUCUGAUGAGAAUCAACCAUACCCUUAUGGUCCUUACCCUUCUUACCCCGAGUCUCUCACUCCCACCCUUGAUGUUACGCCUACAGCCACUCCUCAUAAAACAGUAAACGAGUCUGUCCAUUUCAAUUCGCCUGCGUCGACAGUCAGCGGUGGUGCCUCACAAUCCUUGUAUUCGAACAUUCAGCCUACUUAUGGAAAACUGGUUUUAGGUUUUAGUGAUAUCCAAGCAGGUGUUCGUACUCCACAGAAGUCUUUCUUCCAACAGGGCUGGGGGCCACUUGGUAUUCCUGACCUUACACCUCCAAAGCAUUUGAGUGCAAGCAACUGUCCUCCUGCUACCACCAACUCAAAUACAGUUACUGUGUCUCCUACACAGCAAUGUGCACCAUUAGCAAAUCACGCUUUCGAUACUCCAACGUCAACCAGACGGCUACCGUCCCCAAUGGAAUAUCGAACCAUCACCGAGGCCGCCAACAAGGCAUGGGCAGCUCACGGCUCUGCUAAUCCAACUGGCUCGCGCACCACCUACCCACCACCACAAGACAGCGAAGAUAUCCGACAUGCUGCUGGUCGAAUCUCGCACAGUUGGGACCAAGCCAAGACCAUUUAUCUCAAGAUCGAUGAGGCUACGAGAGCCAAUCAAAACAACGCCAAUGAUCAAGCUACCCAGGAGAUCCAGACUUUGAUUACUUUCCCAAUCGAUUGGGAUCUUGCCUUCUACCACUCGGAAAAGCUGGCAUGGUACUACAGCGACAAUAGUGGCCAGCUCCCCACCAACCCCUAUCCAAUCCAGGUCAGCUUCUCAGCGACUGGCUAUGCUCUAAGCAACUGGUUCUACAAGCAAGCUAUCUACCCCCUCCCUCUAUUCGCUCGACGACCAAUGUUCCCACAACAAGCCAUUCCCGACGAGCAAACCCUUCUAGUCGACCUCUGGAUCUGCGCCACCGACCUUCAAAUCCCCAAACUCCAAAACCUCGCUCUCAACGAACUCGAUCGUGUCCGAAAUGUCAACGCGGAGAUGAGCCUCACAGCACUCAAUCACACCUACAACCGUACCAAAGAAGGAUCAAUCAUGCGCAAUUACCUCAUUUGGCAAUAUGCUAAUCGUUUGAGCGAGUCAGUUAUCAUGGAGCCUCGAGCAAAACCCUACUAUCCGCAUGAGUUCCUCCAGGAGUGGGUCAUGAUGUUGACGCAGAUGUGGAAGAGCCUGAAAGGUCGUAACGAUAUGAAGGUUGAUUUGAACUUGGAGGAUUUCAUGGUUCAGGAGAAAACGGUCACUUGGCCUUUUUAG